GCAAAGGUCACUGUUUAUAUUUACAAUCAAAAGUACACAACCCCAAGCCUAGACUAUUUAGCUUUCUAGAUCAUUAUAACGUGUCGUUACCACUUUAAAAAAAAAAAUAUAACUAGAUCUAGUACUGUUAUAGAUUCUAGUAUAGACCUAUAGAUCUAGAUUCUAGACCAAGGUUAGAUUAUAUUUUCAUCUUCAGAUCUUGAUCUUGCUUCGAUCCAAUUCAAGAUCUACUACCAAAAUGUGGGGCUGGAUUGCACUAGCAGUGUUUAUUGUGUUUAUCAUAGUUCUCUAUUUGCUGUCUCCACUUAUAUCACCCCCUCAGAUUAAUUUGAAGGAUGCACAUGUCUUAAUUACAGGUGGCUCAAGUGGGAUAGGCAAAGCAUUAGCUAUACAAGCUGUCCAGCAAGGCUCGAAGGUUACACUAUUGGCAAGAGAUAAGUUGAAGCUUGAGGAAGCUAAGAAAGAGAUUCAGAAAUAUGUUAUUGAGGAUGAUUGUGAACAGAGAGUUCAAACUGUUUCUGUUGACCUUUCAGGAGACUAUCAGUUGGUGGAGUCACUCUUACACAAUGCUGAAUCUUCUCUUGGUGGUGUUGAUAUUCUAAUUAAUUGUGCUGGGACUUCCAGCCCGGGGAGAUUUGAUGAGCUUCCAGUAUCUGAGUUCAGGAAAAUGAUGGAAAUUAAUUAUAUAAGCGCAGUACAUGCAACAAGAGCCCUUCUACCAGGGAUGAAAGAAAGAGGAAGAGGAAGAAUAGUCUUUGUUUCAUCUCAGGCUGGUCAGUUGGGACUUUUUGGUUUUUCAGCAUAUUCAGCGUCCAAGUUUGCACUCAGGGGAUUGGCUGAAGCUUUGCAAAUGGAAGUGAAGCCUUACAAUGUUUAUCUGACACUUGCAUUUCCAGCAGACACAAACACACCAGGCUUUCAGGAAGAACAGAAAAGCAAACCUUUAGAGACAAAAUUAAUAUCAGAAACUUCAGGUUUAUUUUCUGCAGAGAAUGUUGCAUCAAUUAUACUGGCAGAUACAGUGCGAGGUCGAUUUUUUAGCUCAAUGGGUUUAGAUGGUAUUAUGCUAUCCUGCCUGACUUGUGGUUUCUCUCCUGUCACCUCAUUGAUGGAAGCCACACAACAAGUAGUGACAAUGGGCAUAUUUCGCAUCAUCUCACUGUUUUACUUGGAUCACUUUGACAGAAUUGUGAGGAGAUGUAAACUUGAUAGAGAAACCAGAAAUAGUGAAAAGAAAAAAAUAUAAUUUUUAUUGUUUUAUAUGUUGAAAAAAAAAAGCUUUGCUGAUUUGUUAUAGCUGAAUAUCUCAAGAACACAAUAAUUGAAUUGAUACUUUGUAAAUAAUGUUAUUUACUGAUAUCAUUACAAUGUUGUAUUGUACAUUUUUCUGUAAUAAAUAUGAAUACACCACUAUAUAUUGAUUCUGUCUCAAAUUAACCCAAUAAAUAUAUUUGAAAGUUUAUCUCUAGUUAAAAUCCUGUACAUUAGCAUUUUUAAAGCAAUCAAACACGUUUCAAUCAUUUUUUAAAUUGGUUUUCAAUCAAAAUUAUUCUUUUGCAAAUUUUUUGUGACCUUAUUAGUUUUUCUACUAUGAAAACUCUGAAUUAAACCUCUGCUGCCUUUCAGCUAUACCCUAAAAUGGGAAAGGCUUAAAGAGUCAACCCUGAGAAAAAUUAGGAGCUGGUGACCCUUAAGCAGCUUGCAGCACAGUGCUACACCCUAAAUGAGCCUGCAACACUGCUGAUCCCAAAAUCUAUUAGCACUUACCAUUCCUUAAGACAUCAGCUGUGUCGGUGACUGCAGUCAUCUCACUUCUAUGAGAUGAUUUAAAGUCACUUCCAGACUGAAGGAGGCAUUAUAUAAAAUUAAAUGUGCACAUUUUUUUUCUAUGAAUAAAUAUAAUUUAAUAUAUAGCAAAAGCACAUUAAAGACAUUAAAAAAAACAGUUCAUAAACAUACCUGCCAGAUAAUGGAUAUGUCUUUGAUUCUGAAAAUUAGGAAUGAGUGCAGUAUUUCACUAUGCAAAACCAGUUGCAACUUACAUAUAUUGUCAUAUCUAAAUGCAGACAAAGCAGUUGUCCUGACAUAUAAUUGUUUGAACAAUCUGUGUUCAUUUCUUCCUGCGUCCAACAUUACAAGGCAAGCACUCACCUGGAGCCCCCAAGGAAAGAUGAAGAGGGAAGGGCUCAGGAAUACAUGACACAACAAUUUGGAAGCAGAUGAAAUGCAUGAUGGGCAAGAUGUGGGACAGUUGCAGAGACUGGCCCAGAAACAAGAUGCCUGGAGGAAGCUGGUUGGUGGACUGUGCCCCAGUCGAGACCACAGUUAUUGAGAUGAUACUUGAAUCUUAUCCUCAUUCAUCAGUUGUUGUAAUUUUAAAAAAAGGAUAUAAAUGUAUUUUUUUAAAAAACAAGAAAGGUUAAAGGAAGUUAUUGUUAGAGAAAUAUUUAAGUAAUGUGGUCCAAGUUAAAUAUGAAAAUGACAAGUCUAAAAAAAUAUAUAUAUAUGGAAAAAAAAAAAGUAAACCAACAGAUCUGUACACUAUUACCAAGAUUUUGAUACCAUUUCUAGUAGUGGUUAGAGACUACAUGUCAAUUGUAGGUUUCGAUUUAAAUUUUUUCCCAGAUCUCUCUCCUGGCUUUACUUUUAACUGAUUGCCAUAAAUUGUAAACACAUGGUGGUGCAGUACAAAACUAAAAAUGUUGUUGCAUUUUGGAAUACCUGGGAAAAGAAAAGAUUUUUUUUUUUGCAUAAAUAAAACAUACUGGUUAAGUUCAAAUAAUAUGAAUACAAAAUAAUUUAAUUUUUUUAAAAUGUCAAAAACAUUGGAGAACAUCAUAAAUUCCUUAAAGGCAGUUUCAUUAAAACCAAAAAAUUAUUGAUUAAAAACCUGUCAGAGGGGAGAAAAUAAAUUACACAGUCAUCCAGAUACAAGUCAAUCACUGACACAUAGGCAUCUUGACCCUUUUCAAGUUCCCAAGUCAACAACAAGCGCUGAUAGUCCGAGAGAGUAAGGAACAAGCAAGAUUUUUUUUCAACCCUAAAUGGAUAUCUAUUUUACUUUCUGCUUAAUUAAAAUCUAUUGACACAUUUGCGUUUGGUAGUGUAAGAUGACUGAAGUGCAAGAAAUACAUUUUGAAUCUGAGACACCUCACUUAAAAAACCUAGCACUUUACAAUUCAGCUACCAUGGCCCCAUAGCAGAAAUUAUACCAAUGACUAAAAAUACCAGAACAAUGACAAAAUUAACAAUACUUGGGAAAGGUAUUAACUCUUAGAAAAAUUUAAGGCGCUAUACAAGAUGAAACUGGAUAGAGGACACCCACUAAUAAGGAGACAUACCAAAUUUAGAAAAAUAACAGAUUACAUUGGGAAAAGCACCUUUAAGGAAUGUCAGAGAAUAGAGGGGUCAAAAUAAUACACCAGCCAAAAAAAAAAUAAAAAGGCAGGAUCACAAAUAGAUGGCUUGAUGAUGCAGAGGCAGAUCUAAAACUCAAAAAAAAAGUUCUGACAUGGACAUUUCCUUCAAUAUCAUUAUCUACUUUUUUUUUUAACCAACUUACAUCUCACUGUAUCAUUUGGCAAGACAAUUGAAAACGUAUUCUGUGUUUCUGUUAUCACAAUGCCCUGUAAGCCAAGAUGUCCAGGGCACGUGGACUGUUCAACUGUAAUUGGGCAACCAUGGAAAUCAGCUUUCAUUAGUUUCUGGGCUGCUGAUGACAAAUUAGGACCAUUCAAGCU